CAAAUGCAGUAAACUGUAAAGUCAGGAACUAAAUAACCACGUUCGAAAACAAUCGUGCCGUAUAAGCUUUAUUUGGAGUAGUUCAGAGUUACCUAGAUACAUAGUGUAGCGUAAUAUAAAAUUUAAUAAAAUGAGGCUUCUCCAAGAGUUAAAACCAGUUCACAUCAUCGACCCCUCAGAACUUUUGAGACCAGAACCUAAGUUUGCGACUAAAGACAUCAAUGCUUUCAGAGAUUAUACCAUCAACGAUGAAGAUCCUAUCCAGGAAAGAGUCAGGAAAACUUAUUUGGAAAUGCAUACCAAUCAGACUGUUGAUUUUGUAAAAGCAAAACGUGACAAAUGGUUCAAAUACGACACUUUCAAAGCGACAAUGAAGGACGCCCUAAUCAAACUAAACGACUUGGUCGAUGAAAGUGAUCCAGACGUGGACAUACCCAACAUUGUCCACGCUUUCCAGACAGCUGAACGAAUCAGGAAAGACUACCCUAAUGAUGAUUGGUUCCAUCUCACCGGCUUAAUUCAUGACGCUGGAAAAGUUAUGGCUUUCUAUGAUGAGCCUCAAUGGUGUGUGGUAGGAGAUACGUUUUUAGUAGGAGCUGAAUGGGCUCCUAGCAUCGUGUACAGAGAAAAUUCUUUCAACGAUAAUCCAGAUGGUAAAAACCCAAAAUACAACACAAAAUACGGCAUGUACGAACCUCAUUGCGGUCUGGACAAUUUGCUAAUCUCCUGGGGCCACGACGAAUAUCUGUACAACAUGUUGAAACAUAACAAGACUAAACUACCUGAACAUGCUCUAAAAAUGAUAAGAUUCCACAGCUUCUACCCGUGGCACACCGGCGAAGACUACGGCCAUUUCAUGACAGAACAUGACCAAACUGAAAUCAAAAAAUGGGUGCUGGCAUUCAACCAAUACGAUUUGUACACCAAAAGCACCGAGGUUCCUGAUAUUGAAGCUUUGUGGCCUUAUUACGAGAGCCUUAUUGAUAAGUACAUCCCUGGAGAAUUAAAUUGGUGAAAAAUGAUCAUUAUAACUGCAAUUAUUAAUAAAUUCUUGCUACAAACAA